AUGAGCAACUUCACGCAAGGACAGGACUGGGAACCAGCUGGCUGGGGCAGUCGCCCGGCUCCGCGCGGCGCGGCCAAGCAGCAAGCACUGAACAGCGCGCGGCGCGCCGGUGACGUUGUGACGGAAACAAAAUUCGGUGCCGGGACCAACAAGGGCGCACACAGUGGCGCGACCAUUAACGCCCGCAAGCUCGAAGAAGACACGGAACAUUUUAAGCACGACGUGGUCGACCGCAGUCUCUCCCAGGCGCUCAUGAAGGCGCGCAUGGCCAAGAAGAUGAACCAGAAACAACUGGGGACGCUCAUUAACGAGAAGCCGCAGGUCAUUGCCGACUAUGAGUCGGGACGGGCGAUUCCGAACGGACAGAUUAUCUCGAAACUGAAUCGUGCGCUGGGGGUGCAGCUCCCGCGCGGUCAAAAGCCGAAGAAAAGCGCCACGUAG